AUGAUGAUGAUGAUGAUAAAUCCAGUUCUAAUUACCAAUGAUCGAUACUCAUCGAAUAAAAUUGCUUGGAAUAAAGAACAAGUCAUUGCAGCAGUCAUGAUAGCUGAACAAUGGAAUCAUGGGCAGCGAUGCCGACUAAUCGAACGAUUAUUACCAUCAUGUACUCCUGCUCAACUCGAUAUGUUAGGGACAGUUUUACAACCUUCAUUACAUCGUGAUUAUUUCUAUGCUGUCAAAUCUCGUUAUCCGAAUUACCAUUUCAAACGAAUAAGUACGCCUGAAAGUCGAUCAAUUAAAGAAUAUCAUCAACGAUGUUUCGAUAGAGAAGAAAGUUUCUAUCUCAGCACCAUCAAUGAUCUUCAAGAGUUUCGUGAUGAUGAUGGCAUUCGAAGAAAAUCGCAAUCAUCAUUCGGACAGUAA